AUGACUUCAAACACAGGCGUACAGUCGAGGCUCGGUCUUGGAGGCGUGAGCGGUUUGGCAUCCUCACUUCGGUCUACUGUCUCAGCCUCGGGAAACAACAAUAACUACAGCAAUAAUAACAACAGCGGCCAGAGCCAUAAUACCGGUGGGUUCUCACGGGGACCCUACCAACAACGCGACAUGGAUGCAACCGUACCUUACUCGGACGAUAGCACAGAGGAGGAUGAGGAGUAUAGCUCUUACAUUCAAGAACAGGAACAGCAAUUCCGAAAGCAGAGCGGUGCUCAGGGCAACAAUGACAUAAAUAAUUCUGGGAGCACAGCGAAUCUUCAUCAGAUGCUCCGUGAGGAUGACGACCAAGACCAGCAACAUAUGGAUCUGGAUAAUAACAAUGAGCUCCAAGCUCGUCAGAACGAGAUCUUGGAGGACGAUGAUGAAGAUUUUGACGACGAGGAGGACGAGGACGAAGAUGAGGAUAUGGAUGACGAGAGGUCAGAGGUCCUGUCAUUAACUGAAGACGAUAUUGAUUUCAAUCUGGUCUAUGCGUUCCAUACCUUUGUGGCUACGCAGGAAGGCCAGGCCUCUGUUGUCCGCAAUGAUUCAUUGAUGCUGCUGGAAGACACGAAUGUGUACUGGUGGCUGGUCCGCGUCCUGAAGACGGGUGUUAUUGGAUAUAUCCCUGCUGAGAACAUUGAGACGCCCUUUGAACGUAUGGCAAGGCUGAAUAAGUAUCGCAAUGUUGGACUCUCAGCCCCUGCCCCAGAAUGGGGAACAUUUGACGACCCCAUUCAACCCCUGGAUGCUGCGACACUCGUGGAAAGGUCCUUAAAUCGGAAAUCCGUCAUCUUUAACUCGCAAAACGAAUAUUUUGGAGCAAGCGAGACCGAAUGGGAUUCUGAAGACGACGGUGAAGAAGACGACGAUUUGGACGAAUAUUACGAGGGCGGCGAAGACGCUGACGAAGGCGAGGAUUCAGAUAGACAUGGCGAAGAGGGCUCUGAACAGGAGGAUAGUCGGUCUGGAAAGACGGCUCUACAGCUGGAAGCCGAGAGAGUCGAGCAAGAAAUUAUGGACGAGCAACGGCAACAGGAAGAGCAGCAAAAACAGCGGCAGCAGCAACAACAACAGAGAUCGAGAGGCCAACUAUAUGGCGUAGAUGAUUCCGAGGAGGAGGAAGAACAAGAGGAAGAGGAUGUCAUUACGAACCGCCAUCGAAGACCGCUCCUGGACGAGGACGAUCUCGUGUUCAGCGACGAACCCCGCAAGAUCUCAUUAACACCGACGAUUGCACAGGACGAUGUGAGCGCCGCCAGACUCCAAGCGCCACCCGGGAAGGCCAAGAAGUUACGCCUGGCAGAUGACGAGCCUUCGAACAACCCUCGAUCUGGUGCAGAACAGCAGAAGCAACAAGGAUCCAGUCUCGGUCGGUCUGCAAGCUUUGAUGCGGAGGAAGAGGACCGCCAGCAGAUGCAGAAGCGGAUGCAGGAGCGCACGGAUGCCAAAUUGGCAGCGAUUCUCGGCGAGAAGGACCAGGCGUCUAGCAACCGAGGAGCCAAGGAUGACCAAGAAUCAGCUCAGGCAGCGGAAACCGCCAAGAAGCCCGGCAAAUUCAAAAGUCUUUUCGGAAUCAGCAAAGGCUCAAAGGAUAAGGAUAAAGAGCGUAAGGAGAAGGAGCGUCUAGAGAAGGAGCGCCUUAAGAAUAUGAUGAUCAGGGGAUCUUCAUCAUCUGACAGCAACAGCGCUAAUAACAGCGGUGCCGACGGUAAUGUCAACGGCGCAUCCAGACCACGAACCAACUCCGAUGGAUCGAUAGCCUUGGCCAGUGGGCAGAACACACCCAUGUCGCCCACCUUCCAGUCCGAUAUCAAUGGAGAAACAUCGCAGGAGAUCAUUACGCUUCGUGUAUACCCCGGCAAUGUCGACUUUGGCGCUUCGAUGUACAAGACGGUUGUGGUCAGUCCUACAACUAUGGCCUCAGAGGUCGCUAACCAGGCUGUCGUAAAGUUCAAGCUGGCGCCGGAUGGCGUUGCGUCUGCCACAGACUUCUUCUUGACUGUCCGCGGUGUUGAUGGUGACGAGACAGUGCUGCAACCAACGGACAAGAUCAUGGCUAUCUACCAGUCGCUCACGGCCCAUCUUACAACGCCGCUCCCGCCAAACCACCGCCUCUCUAUUUCUUCAGUCUCCUCCAUGAUGUCUAUCAACUCUAUUAGCUCUCAAUAUUCGAACCCACCCUCGACUCCUACAAGUCCCAACUCUGUACGUCGUAUCGGCUCCGGAAAAUCGGACCCUCACCAGCGAUCGAUUCGGUUCUUGCUCAACAAAAAAAUCCGCAGGACUAGCUCCAUCUCCUCUGUCCCCGGAACUCCGACGACCCCAACGACACCGACGACACCGAUAGCCAUGCAGGAAGACACUUUCUGGGUUAAGGUGAUCUGCAUGGCUCAAGAUCUCCCGCAAACGAUGCUGUUGCUGGACGGUAUGGGGUCCGCCAUGGACAGGAACGACCCAAGAGCGCAAGGGCAGAUUACGGCUACCAAGGUUGAACACUGGUUGCCCAUGCGCUCGAAUUCAAGCGCCGGAGAUGUGGUCUUUGAGGCUUUGGAGAAAAUCAACAUUCGCUCUGGGGUGGUCGAUGGUGUUCCAGAACGUGUCUUGGCCGCGAAACGCAACUCGGCGCCAAAUGGUGUUGUGGUUGAGUACCAAUUGGGUUUGCGGUUGAACGGUCAAACGUCGCGUCGGGCCAAACAGGGCGAUGAAUUACACCUAGCUCCUCAGAUGUCACUCGUCCGAUGCUUCGAGGAACAUCAGUUGAGCCCCGUCCGCCGGUCUCCUAAGGCGGAUGUCGCGUCGAUGCCAUUGACACCUGAUCAUGUAUUUUAUCUGCGUAAGGCAGCCAAGUCAAUUGAUGCCGAAAUUAAGUACGAGCAACAGCAACAGCAGAUACAAGAGCAACAGAAGCAAUCCACCAAGAAGGUCCCUGCGCCUUUGCAAGCACAGGCACUUCGAUCCGGUGUAAACGACUCGCCCAAGAGUCCUCUCUUAACUAGCCCCACUGGCAUGGCCAGCCCACGGUCUCUGCGUAGUCUGCGUAGCAUCGAAGAUAUUCAAGUCAGCGACGCCAAUCUCAACGGUCCAGCCUCGCCAGCAUCUCCGGGUCUGCAUCAAGCAUGGGCAGGCGGCCGAAAUAUGAACGGUCCUGGAUCUCCCUCGCCUGUGGGCGCCGAUGGCAACAUUCGGAUCCCUCGCAGGACUGACUCUUCAGUCUUAGGACCCACAAGCCCCACUCAUGCCAGUAUGCAUGAUCACGCCUCGUCCGGCCGACCGAGCCCUACAAUGACGCAGCAAAGUAUGAUGGGUUCUAGGACACCGACUCCAGACCAUGUCGGAAUGGGUGGUCAUCCUGCGGGAGGACGCAACAGAUCGCCGAGUGUCAGUCAGGGCAUGCGUCCAGGCCAGGCUCCCUCACCAGCACCUUCAACCGAACAGGAGAAUUUGCGGUCCUCAACUCCUGAGAGGCCUGCGCGUGCCGAACGACAGCGUGCAACCUCGCCGUCCAUGACACAUGGUCCCUCUCCUUUGUCCUUGACAGCCAUGAUGCUCCAAGACAGUAACACAAACGGCGCAGCGAAUGUAACAGCAGAUUUGGGUGCACCGAACGAUCGACCUCUUUCGAUCGCACCCUUGAGCAUCAAGAAGAAUGCCACCCAAGGCAUGGACAUCGUUCUCAACAAGGGUGUGAUCAGGUCCUCACGUUUAAUGAAUUCGAAGCAGUACCGGUACUCGUUUAUUCCGACACAAGGAGGCGAUGAAGUCGAUAUUUCGGAAAUUAUUGAGGACAUCCUGGGUGAGGACGGCAGCGAUGAUGCGGAGGAGGAGGAGGAACUUCAGCAUCUCGCGGUUGAGGAAGAUUUCUCGAGUUCUCCUCGUAGAGCUGCUGGCGGUCAACCUGUACGCGUACCUUCGAACGGUAGCCGCACGGGAGCGAACACAGAUCGCGACCGUUUAGAACUGCUCACCAACUCUUCUCGUGGCGGGAAUACCCUUAUGAAACUGGAGAGGGUCUUGACGAGAGAAGUCGAGUCUGAGAAGGCUACCACUGCGUCAUUCAGAUCAAGGUCCGAUUCACCAAGGAGCGUGGAUGGCGUCGCUAUACAGAACCAGAGCAGGACAUUGGAUUCCCAAUCCCAUAGCAGCAAGCGCAAUAGCGAUGUCGAAAUCCAAAUCGCGUCGCUCGCAUCAAUAAGUACCAGAUCGGCGUCUCCUCUGCUCGCAGACCAACCGCCAUCCGCAAGGGUAUUGGACGCUGUGCCUGGUUCACCACGCUCACUUCGACCGUCUUCGCCCUUUGGCAUGAUGGCCAAGCCCACACUGCUGUCGAGCCCCAGUUCUGUCGGUGGCAGCAGGUCCUCGCCAUUGAAGGAGAGCAGCAUCGCUACUGGUGGUACGGACACUAUUACAACAUCAACAGUCGUUCAGGAUGGAAACACUGCACGUUCGUUUUCACCAAUCCCAAGGCGUCUACAGUCGCCAUCACCAGCAUCGAGGCAGAACACAAACGCGUCCCCAGCUUCAUCGCCCAACAUGCGACCGAUCUCGCCUUCAACAGGAGCAGGAGCAGCGGGAAGUGGACGAGCAAGUCCAGUAUCUGUGCGGUCUAACUCCGCAGCUUCAAUCUCUUCCAUCACCUCGGCCCGCAACCGAUCUGCCAGUACCAGUGUGGCGGAUAACAAUAAUACUUCACGACUCGUCCACCUGACCCAUAGCAACAGCAAGAAUAGUAGCACGACGAGCCUUAAUAGUACGAGCAGCAAGGGAGAAUGGCUCCUGUCUUCGGAUUAUAAUACCGGUAUGCAGGACCUAUUGACGCUGGUUCGAGCGGGACGGUCUAGCUCUGUGAGUUCGCUUCCUUCUUCUGGAUCAUCGAUGCGACCUCUUAUUGGCAAGGAUGGAAAGAUUGUCGCGUUGCCGUCAACAAUCAAGGCGUCGUUACUGAGCAGCAGUAGUAGGGGUCGAUCACCGUCCCUGUCACAGUUACAUCAGGGGUAUUUGGAUACCCAGCAGGAGAAACAGCAGGGGCAGAAGCAGGACUUUGACCAGGGUGAUGGAGAGAAUAAGCAGCGCAAUGACAGUAAUGAUAAGACGGCAAAGGACCAGCAGACGAGGAUGAUGCUGAUGAUGUUGAACGAGUUGACGCUCAGGGACGUGCAGGAGGAGUGUCAUCCAGAGGUGUAUGAUUGUUGGAAGAAUGUGGAUGCGGACCUUGACCGGGUUGAAAGGGAACUUGACGAACUGCUGGUCACUGUCAAGGCUUCAAUACUCUAG